AUGGCCCGGACCCGGCCCGCGUCCCCUUGGGCGCUAUGCCUCUCGUUACUGGUCCUUAUCGGGUGCAUUAUUGUCCCCAGUGUGGCUGUCAAGCAUGAAAAUUUCAAAACAUGUGACCAAUCCGGAUUUUGUAAGCGCAACCGGGCUCUUGCCGACGAUGCCUCCGCCCAAGGCACAUCUUGGAGCUCCCCGUACGAGCUUGACCCGGCCACUGUACAGUUCAAGGAUGGUCAAUUGACCGGUAUUCUGAUCAAAACCACCCCGACGAACGAUAAAGUUCGCCUCCCUGUCAUCGUGUCUUUCCUCGAAUCCGGCGCCGCGCGUGUGAUCGUCGACGAGGAGAAGCGCAUGAAGGGUGAUAUUGAAGUCCGACACAACAGCAAAGUCAACAAGAAGCGUUAUGAUGAGACGGAGAAGUGGGUUCUUGUGGGAGGCUUGGAAAAGAGCAAGUCGGCCACGUUGAACCCCGAGACCGAGACUGGAUUCACCAAAGUCCAGUAUGGACCGGGUAACAAGUUUGAGGCUAUUAUUCGCCACACCCCAUUUGAGCUUGAAUUCCAGAGAGAUGGCCAGACUCACGUUCAGCUGAAUCAUCAAGGACUCUUGAACAUGGAGCACUGGCGUCCCAAGGUCGAGAAGGAGGGCGAGUCCCCGUCCGAAGAUGAAAGCACUUGGUGGGAGGAGAGCUUCGGUGGUAACACCGACUCCAAGCCUCGCGGGCCCGAGAGUGUUGGAAUUGAUGUGACAUUUCCCGGUUACAAUCAUGUAUUCGGAAUCCCUGAGCAUGCGGAUUCGCUUUCGCUCAGAGAGACAAGGGGAGGUCCUGGGAACCAUGAGAACCCAUACCGCAUGUACAACUCCGAUGUGUUCGAGUAUGAACUUAACAGCCCAAUGACUUUGUACGGUGCGAUUCCUUUCAUGCAGGCGCACCGCAAGAACUCCACGGUCGGUGUCUUCUGGCUCAAUGCUGCUGAGACCUGGGUCGACAUCGUAAAAAGAUCUGCCUCGUCUAACCCGCUGUCUUUGAGCGCCAGCUCGAAGACUAAUACACAUACUCAUUGGUUCUCCGAAUCUGGCCGCAUUGAUCUCUUCGUUUUCCUGGGUCCAUCCCCCCAGGAGAUCAGUAAGACCUAUGGUCAACUAACUGGCUAUACGCAACUCCCCCAGCACUUUGCCAUUGCCUAUCACCAGUGCCGCUGGAACUAUGUCACCGAUGAGGAUGUAAAGGACGUGGAUGCCAAAUUUGACAAGUAUCAGAUCCCAUACGACGUGAUCUGGCUUGACCUUGAAUAUACCGAUGACCGCAAGUACUUUACUUGGGACCCGCUCACCUUCCCCAACCCGAAGGGUAUGCAAGAGAAACUUGACGAGUCUGAGAGGAAGCUUGUCGUUCUCAUAGAUCCACACAUCAAGAACAAGGACGACUACUAUGUCUCGCAGGAGCUUACCAGCAAGGGCCUUGCCGUUCAAAACAAGGACGGUGAUGUCUAUGACGGUUGGUGCUGGCCCGGUUCCUCGAACUGGGUUGACUGCUUCAACCCCGCUGCAAUCCAGUGGUGGAACAGUCUCCACAAGUACGACAAAUUCCUGGGAUCAAUGUCUAACCUAUUCAUUUGGAAUGAUAUGAACGAGCCUUCUGUUUUCAACGGCCCGGAGACAACCAUGCCCAAGGAUAACAUCCACUAUGGCAACUGGGAACACCGUGAUAUCCACAACGUGAACGGCAUCACACUAGUUAAUGCUACUUACCAGGCAUUGCUGGAGCGCAAGAAGGGCGAGGUGCGUCGGCCAUUCAUUUUGACCCGCUCAUACUACGCUGGAGCUCAGCGUAUGGCUGCUAUGUGGACUGGUGAUAACCAAGCCACUUGGGAUCACUUGGCCAUUUCUUUGCCGAUGGUUCUGACCAACGGAAUCGCGGGAUUCCCAUUUGCCGGUGCUGAUGUUGGUGGCUUCUUCCAUAACCCGGACAAGGAGCUGCUGUCACGGUGGUACCAGGCUGGAAUCUGGUACCCCUUCUUCCGUGCUCAUGCUCACAUUGAUACUCGGCGUCGUGAGCCCUACUUGAUCAGCGAGCCGCACCGGACUAUCAUUUCCCAGGCCAUUCGCUUGAGGUAUCAGUUGCUGCCCUCGUGGUAUACUGCCUUCCACGAAGCCUCGGUCAAUGGUACUCCAAUCGUGCGUCCUCAGUACUACAUGUUCCCCGACGACGAGGAAGGCUUUGCCAUUGACGAUCAGCUGUACCUGGGCUCUACUGGUCUUCUCGCGAAGCCCGUGGUGACUGAGAACACAUUCACUACCGACAUCUAUAUCGCCGACGAUGAGAAGUACUACGACUACUUCGACUUUACCAUCUACCAGGGCGCAGGCAAGAAGCACACUGUCCCCGCCCCCGAGGACAAGAUUCCGUUGCUGCUCCAGGGUGGUCACAUCGUCCCACGUCGGGACCGUCCUCGCCGCAGCAGCGCCCUUAUGAAAUGGGAUCCGUACACUCUCAUACUGACUCUGAACAAGAACGGCGAAGCCGAGGGCACUCUUUAUGUUGAUGACGGCGAGACCUUUAACUAUGAGCGUGGCAGCUACAUUCACCGCCGCUUUGAGUUCCGUGACUCAAUCUUGUCGUCAGAGGAUAUUGGCACCAAGGGACCUAAGACUGCGGAGUACCUGAAGACUAUGGCUGGUGUUACUGUAGAGCGUGUUGUUAUUGUUGACCCACCCAAAGAGUGGAAGGACAAGACCACUGUUACCGUCAUUGAGGAUGGAGCCAAGGUGGCCUCGGCCGCAUCGCUGGACUACUUUGACCAGCAAGGCGGAAAGGCACCCUAUGCCGUUGUCAGGAGCCCCAAUGUUGGCAUUGGAAAGGCUUGGCGGAUAGAAUUCUGA